CUCCGUUCAUCCUCAUCUCUCCGUUUCCAUUACUUGUCUCACACAUCCAAAAGAAAAAAUGAAAAAAAUGCAGAAGAUCGUUGGCAUUUAGUGAUCAAGGGCUGCUUAGAAAGAAGAGGAAAUUGGAGGGCUGUGAUGGAGAGAAGACUAGGUCUAGGUGAUCUCUCCUUCCUCUAUAAAUUAAUAGUGAUCUUUUUUCUCUGGGAUUUUUUUGGCGAGGUCUGAAAAAAAAAAAAAAAAAGAGCCGACGGUAGAGAAAAAAAGAGAGAUCCGAGUGCCUCGGGCUGCCGGCAGAGGAAUUUCAAGUUCCUUACUGCUUGUAAUUUGAUCUGGAAUUUAGAGUAAAUACGGUGCAUUUCAAUUUCACCCUAAAACCCUCGAAUUUCAAUUUUGAAUUGAAUUUGGUCUGCACUCUCUUCUCACCGACGACGAUGAGCCUUCACCGUCCGCCCUAACUCUGCCGUUGCUCUCGCUGCUCUCUCACCUUCGCGUCGUCAGCCACUCAACCUCUCCUUGAUAGUAGGUUCUCAAUCGCACGCUGACUUUUCAUCAUCUCACUCGAUAGAUCAACGCCUCAAGUACUGGAUGGGGGAUCUCCUUUGGUCCUCGCUCUGCUCCGUCUACGGUUCAUCUCAAGUUUCUGGUGCCGAUUAAGCGUAGAAUCGGAUCUAUUUUGGUAACGAUUUCGUCCAUUCUCUACAGUUUUCCAGUCGUUGGUAUGCUUGAUACUCUAGUUUGGUUAAAUUCAUGUUUCGUUACUGCUUCAUUUUGAUGAAUCAACAUGCAAUCGCCUGACACUCUUUUGGGAUUUAGGAUAGAUCUUGUUGCCGAGGAUUUGGGAUCUCCUCUUUCCCAGAAAAGGAAACUAUCGACUCACUCUCAUUUGGGAUCUCAUCCCUUUCCAACUUGGGAACUCUUUGCCGGUGACUGACUGUCUGGUGCAGUUUGUGUUUGUGAGUUCUCUUGGAAUUUUGCUGAUCAUGUGGUAUAGCCUUUUACAUUGGUUUUUGAGAAGAAUUUCUGUAUGAAUUAAGGAGUUAUUAGCUUGCCUAAUCCCAGUUCGAUUUAUUAAGCUAAUGAGUAUUUGAGAUUAUACUUCUUUGCAUCUUUUCCCCUGAAUGUCUCUAUGGAUAGCUUGUUUUUCCCUAAAUUCCAUAAUUAAGUCUAGAGAUCAACCUUAAUGAAAAACUCUUCUUCAU